AUGAAUGUCAACCGACGUGAUGAAUUGACUUGUUUAGGGAUCUUUCCCCUAAAGGAUAAAAAGCAAUUGGAAGGUACUGUAACACCUAUUUUACAACUUCGAACCAAGUUUUUGGUACCUUCCGAAAGGUUCUACGAAGCACUGCUUUUAAAUAAAGACAUUGUCAAUGAAGAAGAGUCGAAAAAGUUGAAGCUUUAUUUAGAGCGUUUUAGCCCACAAUUAGCCCUUUUUGUGAGAAAAGAACAUCCAGAAGAAGGAAUUGAUUCCUUCAUCUUUCGAACAGAAAAAUACGAAUUUGAAGUUUAUUACUUUAAAAGUGAUUGUUCCUUAAAAUUCAAUGGCAUUUAUGAUGUGGAUGAGAAACAAAAGCAAAAACAGCGACAAGAUGCUAUCCAAGGUAUGAUCACAAAUCAUCAAGCAGAAAAAAACACUAUUUCUCCUACAAGGCUUGAAGAAAAGGCGUAUUGGGAUCGCUAUGAUGUGGACCAGCCUUUGGAAAAUGAAAUAGACAGUGGUUCACACGCGUUGCCUGAACAGAGACGGAACCCAAAGUACGAUCGUCUCGGCCUUGACAGCUUAAUUGUGGAGCAAACGUCCAGUUUGUGGAAGGUUUGUCGACAUAAUGGUAUGUCCAUAGACGAGUUCUUACAUUUUAUCCGUAUCGGUCUUGAGCCAUUUCCAAGGAACUCCAAUCAUGCUUUAUCUUUCUUUGGACGUUAA